UCGCUGAUGAGGCUGAAGACAAUGGAAUAUUUAGCAACUUCUACGAUCACGUUGACGUCACUCGCACAGCUCCUCGGGAAAAUCAGCAACAUGGUGAUCAAUGAUCACAUUCAGCAACAAAUCGAGCAGGCCCUGGGUUUCAUUCAUCAGUCUACAACAGCUCUUCAAGAGGGAUACGUGACUGCAGCAGUCUUUGCAGCCAAAAGUGCUAUUAGAUCUUCAGAGGAAGCAUUUUUUGAACCAUCAAUACUGGAGCUGUUGUACUUUCCAGACGAUCAGAAGUACGCCAUAUAUAUUCCGCUGUUUCUACCCAUCAGUCUGCCUAUUUUCCUGUCGUUGAGGCAGGCAGUGAAAUGGUACAGAGGACAAGACAAUGAAGACAAUGAAGACAAGAAAGACGAAGACAAGGAUAAGCAAGAUUGAAAACAGCUCUGAACCAAAAGAAUAACGAAGAUGACGGGCUGGGACGAGAUAACGUGGAGUCGUGUCAACCGAGUACAUGAGCAGUCUCACUUAAUGAGACGGGAGCUACAGGAAACCAUUUCACAACGACAUAAUUUUGAAUAUCAAAUAAUGCAGAGAUACGAGUUAUUAGUGAGGACUACAGGAAAAAACAUGCAGGUUAGAAUACGCGACCACAUGUAUCUGUAAUACAAGCGAGGAAACGUGCAAUAAAACACCGUGCAAAGCUCCAAGCGUACACUGGAGUUAACUCGCUUGGAACUGC